AUGUCAUGGAGCGGCCAGUUUUCAAAGGAAAAACUUUGCUUGACUUCAUUUGAAGACCAGUUCUCCUACCUGAAGCAAAAUGUCAGCGAGGCUGUGAGAAAAGCUGUGGGGAAGACUCAGACGCCGUGCAACUACGGGUACAAGGGAAUGCUGAAGGUAAUGUUGAGUGAAUUUUUUGGAGAUUCCCCUCGCUUCGUCAGCGAGACCUACACGUCCCAGAUCCUGAACGUUCAAGUGUCCGAUGUGGUGGACACUACACAAGUUCCACUGAUAAUCCAAGAAAACAGGAUUAAAAACGAGCAGGACCCGGAAAAGAGACAGGCCCUGGAAAGACAAUAUGAUGAUCUUAAAAGAAAGAGGAAGACAGUGGAUGAAGCGCUGCAGAAGAUUGCUGAGCGCACAAACGCUUCACGAGCUCUGACUGAAAAGCGUGAGGUGACUCGGACGUACGAACUCAAACUCGUGGCUGAGCAUUUCAGGAAAAAUCUCUUCAACUGGGAAGCGGAGCCGGUAUGA